AUGCAGCGAGUUGAAAAUGGUGACUUCAACUGGAUUGUUCCAGGAAAAUUUUUAGCAUUUAGUGGACCACAUCCAAAAAGCAAAAUUGAAAAUGGUUACCCUCUUCACGCCCCUGAAGCCUACUUCCCUUAUUUCAAAAAGCAUAACGUGACAGCAAUCGUGAGGCUGAACAAAAAGAUUUACGAGGCGAAACGCUUCACAGACGCUGGCUUCGAGCACUAUGACCUCUUCUUCAUAGACGGCAGCACACCCAGUGACAACAUCGUGCGGAGGUUCCUGAACAUCUGUGAGAACACGGAAGGAGCCAUCGCCGUUCACUGCAAAGCUGGUCUUGGAAGAACAGGGACAUUGAUAGCCUGCUAUGUCAUGAAACACUACAGGUUUACACACGCUGAAAUAAUUGCUUGGAUCAGAAUAUGCCGGCCGGGCUCCAUUAUAGGACCCCAGCAGCACUUCCUAGAAGAAAAACAAGCCUCAUUAUGGGUCCAAGGAGACAUUUUCCGAUCCAAACUGAAAAAUAGACCGUCCAGUGAUGGAAGUAUUAAUAAAAUUCUUUCUAGCUUGGAUGAUAUGUCUAUUGGUGGAAACUUAUCGAAAAUACAAAACGUGGAGAGAUUUGGAGAGGUGAGUUUUCCCAGGAAGUGUUCAUGUCUCCUUAAGACUCAUGUUCUCCAUUUCUGUGUUUCCCGAUUGAGUUCUUCCCCACAAGGAUCUGCAUCUACUUUGAAGACCUCAAAAGUGGCUUUGUCCCCUUCAGCGACGGCCAAGAGGAUAAACAGAGGCUCUCUGUCCUCGGGCGCCAGCGUAAGAAGCUUUUCCAUAAACUCCCGGCUAGCCAGUUCUCUAGGGAACUUGAACGCUGCCACAGAUGACCCAGAGAACAAAAAGACCUCAUCCUCCAAGGCGAGUUUCGUAGCCAACCCGUUCACCAACCUCUUGAAUGGCAGCUCCCAGCCGCCUGCCAGAAAUUACCCCGAGCUCAACAACAACCAGUACAGCCGAAGCUACAGCAGCAGCGGGAGCACCCUGAGCGGCCAGCCCGGCCCCCAGGGCGCCAAGACAGAGGAGCACGUCACCGUCCUCCGGCCCUCCUACACCAGCCUCUCCUCCUCCUCAGCCAGAUUCCUGAGCCGGUCCAUCCCCUCCCUUCAGUCUGAAUAUGUUCAUUACUAAGGCCUUGCCACUCCGGGGAAUGCUGUUCCACUCUUAGACACAGUUUCUUCACCUGGACGAGCAAAGUAGAGAGAAAGUGACUGCUUGCCCGAAGACUAUCUCUGCCUUCUUACCUUAAAUUAAAGUCGGCACUAGGAUAAGACCUUCAAGAGACUUGAAACCAGAAAAAUCUGGUUAAUGACUACGAUAAAUGCACUGAAACUAUGUUUGUGGAUGUCAACACUUUUUAAGACAGUUUUAAUGUUGAAUUUGGUAUUUUGAAAGGUUAUUUUUACUGUAUUUCGGUAAUACAUUUGUUAUUACAUUUACAUGUACAGUGUUACAUUAUGUAUGUAUUGUGAACUUUAAAAGGCUAUUUUGAUAAAUUUAUAAAUAUAUAAAAUUAUGUAAAAUCUAGACUAUAUUUUGACUUAGAUUUUCUUGCUGUUUGCUACCAAAAAUUUGUAUUUUGAAUUUGUUUAGUAUGGUUUUGUGUACAAUGAAUAUAUAAUUCCUCUUGAUCAAGAAAAAAUAAGGGAGAAAGUUAUUUUUAUGUUCCCACUAUGAUUAUGGCCUAUCCAUUCUUUCUUUUGGGAAGUCAGUCUAAUGGAACAGUGUAUCCAAGUUUAUCUCUAUCUAGCACGAGUAUAAUCAUUGGAUAGGGCUUAUUAGACCAUUUCCUUUCCCUUUGUUUCUGUUGCUGAGCCAUUUAGUUUUGCAUCCUUGGGGGCUUUGGCAAAAUGUAACAUCCAGUUGAAGAUCAGAAUUCAUUGAAUGUUUCUCCUGAAAGCAGCAUGCCUUUGCUCCACGAAAUGACUCAACAUUCCAAAUGCUUUUCUUUCUUUCCUCCUCUCAAAAGAGCUCUUAAGCCAACUAGAAUAUUUUGCCUUUGGUGCAGGUGGUUGUUGCCUAUAAUCACACAUGGUCUGGCACCAGUUUUAAAUCAAUGAAGAGAAAAAACAGAAAAGAUGCUGCUAAGUAGUUCUCUGUUAAUUAAAGGAGAUAUGUUUUGAAGAGAUUACAAACCCCUGACACACAAGCUAGCAAAUCAGAAACCUAACAUGCAAAUGAAGGGACUCCUUAGAGGUCCUCACAGCCCUUUCAUGCAGGUGAGAGCUUAUAUUCAGGCCUCCGGAAGCCUGUAGGCUUCAUUUCUAUGGGGAGUCGGGGAGCCUUAGAUCCUGACUCCUCCAUGCUGCUUAAGAAUGGACUACUCAGAGACAGUUAAACGGAUCCAUAUGAAGUGCUUUAUUCUCAACCGCUGAGUUUUUUAUAAUGUAUUUAUUAGGAGGGGGUACCUUAAGACUAUUAUACAUGCUUCAGCAAAACGUCUUGUUUAUGUUUUACAUUUUUAAAAAGGCAUUUGAAUGAAUGUUUGACUCAGGUUGAUUAGCUUAACCUUCAAUAACUAAAGUACCAAAUAAUUGCACUAAACUGAUGAAAAAAAUGAAUUAUAUGUUUUAGGAAUCAAAAUUUAAGUGGAAUUAAAUUGUAUACCUUUUUAAAGCUGAAAUAGUAAAAUAUUUUAUUAUGAGUUAUUAUAAAAAAGAUUGGUUUAAUGGAUAGGAUGAUGAUAUUGUUUUUUAAAAAUUAUCAGUGAAAAAUAAUUCAGAUGACACUUGAGAAGUGGGGAAAGGGAACCAUAUUGACAAUUUUAGUUCUGUGAACACUAAUUUGUGUGCAGCUAUUAAAUGAUUGUAAAAUGACUACUGUAAAUUUUCCAUAAGUAUGUGUGUAUAGUAGUCAUAUGUAUCUACAUGUGUAAAUCUUAAUUAUUUAUACACAUGUGCAUACAUAGACAAUCAAGAAGUGUAUGUAUAUAAUAUAGAAAGUAUAUAGCAAAGUAAUUCUACUCCAAUAAUAAAAAUUGUUUGACAUGUAUUUUGUUAUGAAUAGUUUACCUUCAGAAAGAUAUUUUGUUCUAUUUUAAAGUGUAGAAGAAUACACUGCUAAUAAAUAAUAAAAGUUUUAUGGAAUUUACA